GGAAACCGUGACGUUUCGAUGUUCACUCAGAAAAAUUGGCUACAAAAAAAAAAAUCGAUACAAGCAAAGAUUCUUAAUCAUUCGCAAUGGCCUGUGAUGUUAGGAGUAUUGUCGACUACCAAAGAUAUCCAAUUGCAGAGUCUGAGAGCCACAUUCUCCAGGAGGUUAUAAACCGUGCUAGGGGCGAACUGAACAACAACGGCAUUGCGUUGCUGCGAGGUUUUAUGCUACCUUGGGCUAUUCGUCAAACAGUCCGAGACGCAGAAGAAGCCUUACCGGAUGCAUUUUGUAAAAAAGUUGAUCACACCGUCUAUCUAGAGGAAUGUCAAGAUUCUCUCCUGGAGAAAGAUCAUCCUCGAAACAUAAUGUCUCGAUCUUGUAAGUGUUGCAUUGCUCACGACCAAAUCAAGACAGACUCGCCGCUCAAUCAGCUUUAUAUGUCUCUAGAGAUGACAAAUUUUGUUCGACUUUUGCUGCACAAAGACGUGCUUUACCGUACGGCUGAUCCGUUGGGAGCCUUAAGCUUGCAGGUCUACAGGGAAAAUGAUGGGCUUGAUUGGCAUUUUGACCGGGGGGAGUUCGCUGUUACACUCCUCCUUCAAGCGCCAGAUGGUGGAGGACGUUUUCAAUACAUUCCAUCAACAAGAUCAGUUGGAAAUGAAAACUAUGACCUAGUCAAGCAAGUGCUACUUGCUUCUAAAGCUGGACAAGAUCUGUCUGGUCUUGGAGUGAAAGAAGCUGAUCUUCAGCCAGGAACACUUGUGGUAUUCUGUGGGCAUAACUCAAUGCAUCGUGUUACCCCUAUAGAGGGCAAAAAGUCUAGAAUCAUAACUGUGUUAUCUUAUGAAAAGAAACCGGAUGUUUACUUAAAUGAAUACACCAGAAUGAAAUUCUGCGGGCGCUUGAAAUAAAUCUACUUGCAGACUUACUAGGUAGAAUUGUAAAUAGAGCUUUUGUAGAUUCCUUGCUCGCACACUUUUUAGGAAAUUCUAGGGUCGUUUCAACCAUUACCCUUAUAAUGAUUAUGAGGCUGCGUGGCCAAGUGGUUAGGAUGCUGGAGCUGUAAUCCGGUGUCUCGCAUUCAAAUCCUCUACUCUGCCACUCAUUGAAUUUGUUCUCAGUUGCUCAUAGUUCAACUCCUUGGUGUACUCUUGUAAAUAGCCCACUAGUCUACCUUCUGCCAGUGGGGAUUUUUAAGCAUUUAGUUAGUUUACAUUGUGGCUGAAAAGCCCCUAAGGGGGAGCUUCAAUUUGCGUAUUUAUUUUUAUUUUUUUUUAUUUUUAAUGAUAUCAUUGACAAGUGGCUUCUAUUAUGCUGUGAAUUUAUUCAGUAACAGGUCACAGAUGACGUCAAAUGUGAUGAUCAUGACAAAGGGACGUUCAAAGCUUUUUUUUCUUUCAAAAAGGAUAGCUUUUUGACAAACUCUCAUUCCCUAGCUCCUGACCCCUCUCCUUCUGCUCUGCAUCUACAUUCUUUACUCACUAAUCAGGGGAGAAGGGGAGUAUGAAAAAAUUCAUUUCAUGCGUGGGGUGGGGGGGGCUUCAGUCAGAGCAUAUUUAACAAUUAUUCCACGAGCGCACGUUGGAUAUGAGAUGAUAGAUAGCCAACGAGGCGCAUAGCGCCGAG